CAGAAGGGACAGUCCCUUGCUCAUGUUUUUGUCGAUAAAUAGGAGGAGGGUUCAGGUCAGAAGAUCAGACAUCGCAAACACUCGACUCAGUGAGAAGGAAAGUGAAGAGAACCACACGCAGCGUCUUGCAAACUCGUUCGUUUCUCAUUCUUGACUGUAUAGUACCCAUCGACUGUUUAGGCCUCAUAAGACCGAUACAUUCACUUGCCUUGUACACCAACCUAUUGGCACCAAAAUGGAGAUGUUUCUUUGCAGUCUGUUUCUGACAUCUGCACUAUUGGUGUGCGUGUUGCCAUCUGCCCACCUGGCAGUGAUAAUUGAUGGUAGUGAUGAUGAUGAAUGGUCAUCCUUGGUGUACCGUGUCCGUGGCUUACGCUCCACAUCCGAGUCAGAUGCACAGCCCGCAACCAUACCGACCACACUGAGACCUUUGAAUCCGAGCGUACCGGAAGGAGGACAGAUCAGACUGGAGUGUACCGGCGUAACCCCGGACUGUGAAUACAAGAGCCUUCUGUACAAAGCGGAGGGCAACAGCAAAAUGGGAGACGUUAGACCCGUGCAAGCUAACAAUCCAACAUCCUCCCACAAUUGCAGCUGCAAUGCUGGUGGACGUUUUAACCGUUGCUCCUCAAGCACGAUUUUCGUCAUGACAGCCACUCUGCAGGCUGCCGGCACGUACGGGUGCGUGGUGCUUCCAAACGGUCAGCAGCAACUAACACCAGAGAUUAACCGCGGUGGCGAACAGGGUUAUCGGUCCCACGAGACGAAUGUUACCGUAUGCGAGGAACCAGAUCUAAGUCUGAACAAAUACAGCAACGGCAACUUCACCACCGUGAAUGCCAGCGAUAACUGCCACUUCGAGGGUGAGCUGAGCUGGCGGAUCAACGGCCACCGCGUCCCCCAGGAGUCGGCGUCUCCCGCCCCGCCGGCCGGGCUCUCGCCGCCCGCCGCCGUUCACAGGGACAACGACCUGCUGGCAAUCAGCAAAUGCGACCGCUGGGCCACGAGGACCCCGUGCACCGUCACAGCAGAAUUCACGUACAUCUCGGCACGUCGCUUGAAAGUCGCCCACAUAUCGACAGAUAUUCAUGAUUGCUGCGUUGACCUUCCAUCAACUGUGGUUCCCACUAAGCCUCUCCUGACACAGAGACCCCAGGGACUUCUUACGACUAUUAUGGCACCCACCUGGCAAGAGAAAUGGAACUUGAAGAAGAAAGUCUUGGAACUGAAGGAGGAGCUUCUGCCCCUCCAGAUUAAAUUCUUCAAGAAAUGGAGUCGAAACAGCCCCAAAAAUAUGCCUGCUCAAGUCAUCGCAGAGGCGGCCUCCGAUGAUUAGUUGAACUUCAAGGGACAUCUUUUCUUCCUCCAUUAUAUCUAAAAAAAAAAUUGCGUAUUUGGUUUAAAUGUUAUGGAACACUACGGCACGUGACCCUGGGCAUGCGCACGAGUGUCUUGUUACUUCAUUGUGUAAGCUAGAUUCUCAUCCUGUUUUACAAAACAAACAAAACCCCGAAUUUAAUUUGUAUGUUAGCGAAAGAACUCCUUUAUCCGCUUUUGGGCGUCUGCAACCUUAUGAAAAAAAUUGCUUUGAUUUUGCGCCAAAAAAACAAUCAACCCACUCUGCUAGAGCCGAAUUAUUGUCUGGCAGACAAUAAGUCGAAUCUUAGGAAGAAAUAAUUCAAUAACUACACGUCCAUGUCUCAUUCAAAAGUGAAUAACAUAUAUAUUGCUAUAAAACGGCAAUUGCAAAAAAAAUAACAUUUGUUAAGGUGAAACUCGAAAAUAGUACGGGGAGUACAUCUUUUAUGUAGCUUAUCAUGUCACCUGCUGUCAUGUAGCCUGUUGGCAAGGAAAUUGAUAACAUGUAAUAGUUUAGCAUAAAAUUUUGGAUUGAAGAGCUGAGUUACAGGAACAUAAUUUUCAUUAAAAUGUGAACUAUAUUGGAAGUCGAUUAGAAAUUGAAUAUUUGGCAUACACUAAAACAAAAUGGAAAAAAUUGACGAAAAAAAACUGAGAUAGAAAACCGAGGUGUGCAAUGUAGAUUGAGAGAUUGUUAACCGAGUUGUAGAAAAGGUUCUUUUGAAAUACGGAAAUGAUGUAUAUAUUUUAUGAUUAUUACGUUUGGGAUGAUUACUGUGGUUUGAACCAAAUGAUGAUUGCAGACAGUGAAAUUACCAAUGUAAAUAAUGAAUUUCAGGCCUCAUAUUGAAAAAUCAAUGUUUUUAAAGAAAAGUACCAUAAGUUUUGAUGUAAAUUAUGACAGAUUUACCAGAAAUGAUAUAUUUUGACGAUAAUAAUAUAUUUUGACAUUUAUUUCUACUUGUGUAUCGGCAGUACUUUUAGCUCUUUAAUGAUGAAGCUUAAAUAAAUACAUUUUUGUAAAAUGAA